CAAACAUCAACAUCGAAAGAUCGAAUCUUUUUACAAUGGAGAAAGGAGUUCCGGUAGAACUAACAAGAGGGUCUACUAAUUGGACCAAAGUGGUGGAAGAGAUCGUGAAGAUGGAGAAGAAAACGUUCCCUAAACACGAAUCUCUCGCUCAAACAUUCGACGGAGAGCUACGCAAGAGAAACGCUGGAUUGCUAUACGUGGAAAGUGAAGGAGAGACUUUGGGAUAUGUCAUGUAUUCUUGGCCGUCUUCUCUGGCCGCUUCCAUAACAAAGCUCGCAGUGAAGGAGAGUUGCAGGAGACAAGGCCAUGGAGAAGCAUUAUUAAGAGCAGCGAUUGAAAAGUGCAGAAGCAGAAAGGUACAACGGGUCUCACUUCAUGUCGACCCCACUAGGAUUGCUGCGGUGAAUCUGUACAAAAAGUUUGGGUUCCAAGUAGACUGUCUGGUGAAAAGCUACUACUCUGCAGAUAGAGAUGCUUACAGAAUGUACAUUGAUUUUGAAGACUCUGUUUAGCUAAAAAAAGAUUUAUUGGGGGUUAUCAUAGCCAUGGUGAAAGCAUUGUUGUGAUAGUGAAUCAAUUGGUUUGUUUUACAAUAUACUUCUACCAAUUAUUUGCUGUUUUACAAUACUUAAUGGAAGUUUU